AUGGCAGAGGAUCCAUCGCGGGAAUUUGCCCCGAAUCAACUCGUGUACGCCUACCACGGACCGCUAAUCUACGAGGCCAAAAUCAUCAAGUCGAAAACAGCCCUGGAUACACACAUCUUGAACAGCGAGCUACAGCAGGAGCUGUUUGAGCAAAACGCCGCCAAAUUCGACCGCGCAAAGUGGGAAAACAGCGAUUGCUAUUUAUUGCAUUAUCAAGGCUGGAAUGCUAAAUGGGACGAGUGGGUCGGCACCGAUCGGAUUAUGCAGAUCAACGAGGAGAGUAAGCUAAAGAAGUUGGAGUUGGAGCAGUUGACCAAGAAGAAGAAGGUCAAGCGCGAAAACACGUCGUCUGGAAGCUCGACGGAUGGCAAGGCCGGCCAUGGCGGUAGUAAUAAUAACGGCAGCAACAAGAAACAAAAGACCAAUGGCACUGCAGGCGGCAGUACCAAUGGCGCUGGCGGUGCUGCGAAACAGGCCAGGAAGAUUUCGAACAUCAAUCUCAAGUUCCCACCUGAAUUAAAGUAUGCGUUGGUUAACGAUUGGCAAUAUAUAACCAAGGACAAGAAGCUAGUCAAGCUACCGGCAGCUCACCCGGUGCACACCAUAUUACAAGAUUAUAAAGUUGCGCGAGCUUCCAAAUUGCAGAAACACCAAUUAUCGAUAUUGAUGGAGAUAUUGCAUGGGUUGGAAAUAUACUUCAACAAGUCUUUGAGCUUGCUCUUGCUUUACAAAUACGAGAAUCUACAGUAUUUGGAGUUUCUCAAAAACAAUACCAUCACUUUGACGCUGGAUGAGCAUGCUAGCCAGAGUCGAAGCCAGAGCCAAAGUAAAGUCUAUGGCUUUGAGCACUUGUUGAGACUAUUGAUCUCGUUUCCCAACUUGAUUGCACUGACAACCAUGGACUCGUUGAGCAUAAGUGUCUUGAUUCUGGAGUUAGAAGAGUUGUUGACAUAUUUGAAGGAGAACAUGUCCACUUUGCAAAAUGAGUAUGAAUACACGAGUCCGCAGUAUGACAGUCUAGCAAGAUCAUAA